AUGUCAGAAAGAUCCGAAGACGACACAAACAAAUCCAGAUCCUCGAAGGUUAUCGUAAAGGAGAGCUCGCAGGUCAAUUCAUCGUCAAGAAUCUAUUACUACGGCGGAGCUUCAGUGCCGUUUUUAUGGGAGACACAGCCAGGCACACCAAAACAUUCUCUUUUCUCCGAAUCCUUUCGUCUUCCGCCAUUAACGCCGCCUCCGUCGUUUUACUCCUCCUCAUCUUCCUCCGGGAACAAACUGAGCAAAGUUAGAACGAAACAAACUCGAUUCGUGAAGACUCUGUUCAACGGGAAGCAUCACGUGUCGCGUCCUUCGUUUUCUUGGUCGUCUACAACGUCUUCAUCUUCUUCUUCCUCUUCCUUCUCUUCCUCGUCCCCACGGUCUAAAGCAGAGCAUCGUGCCAAAAAAUGUUACCUUUCUUGCUCAAGAUCGCACGUUAAGGACGACGACGAGGAAGAGAUUGGGUCGUCGUCGUCGUCGCCGACGUCGACUUUGUGUUAUAAAAGAGGGUUUAGUUCAUCAAUGGGGUGUAUGAAGAGAGCUUUGUGUUCUGUUCUUAGCAAUGGAUCUAGUCGUAAAGAUCUUAGAUUGAUUUAA